AACAGCAAUUUACCAAAUUUUGUCGCCUAAUUCGGCAUAUUGAACUUUUAUUUUUCAUCAUUUUAGUAAAAAUAUAUGCUAAAUAAAUUACUUUGAAAGGGCUUUGUAAAAUGAAGAUAGCCCUUGCGGCGGGAUUGCUGUUAUUAGCGGUAAACUCAGUUUAUUCAAAGACUACUCCAGUACCUACAAAAAGAGGAACUACUCACCCAACCACUAAACCAACAAAAGCACCCACAUGUCCAAAACAAGGCAAAGACUUUUACGUCCAAAUUAAAGUUUUGGGGCAAGGAGACUGGUCAUAUGAAAUGACAAGAGUUGAAACUCCUGGCUUUCAAGACAUGAGAGAAAAACUUUAUGACUGCGCUUUACAAACAUAUGCAGAUUACGAUUUUUACCAAGAUAUGAUUUUGCUAAGCUUGGAUAACUCAACUGGUGGCUUUUUGGCAUCAUUUGCUAUUCGUUUCACUAAAGAAGGAGAUGGUCAUUUAAAUAGACUAACACAAGCAAUUCAAGCAGGAAAGUUUUGCGAUGUUGAAGUUGCACCAAAAUUUGUUCAAUGCGCCGAGCUUGAUCAAACUAUGCUUUAUCCUAUGGCUAAUUGUCCUGCACCAUGUGGAGGAGACUUAAAUUGUUGGCCAACUUGUGAUGCUACUUGUUGUGGAUCCCAAGAGCAAACAAUAUACAUACCUGUUGCCCCAGCACCGCCACCUCCACCUCCACCACCACCUCCUCCACCACCACCACCACCAAUGAUGUCUAUGUGUGCUGCUGGUUGUCCAGAGACUUGUGCUCCCUCAUGUUCGCCAACUUGCUGCUUUGUACAAAAAAGAUGGAUAGAGAAACAAAAAGCCAAGUUUCAAACCAAACAACAGCGAUAUAUUGCUCCGAGACAGAAAUAAUUUUAAAAUUAAUAGAUUAAAUUAACAUUAUUUCAAAAUCUGAAGCUAUGGAAGAUCAAAAAAAGAGCAAAAAAACAUCUUAUUAAAUUAUAAAGCCGAAGAUUCAAAAACACUUUCAUUAUGGAAGACUUUAAGUGUAAAAUAUGCAAUAGGUUUUUUUUUAUAAAUCUGGCAAACGUUUUUGUGAGUGUAAAAGCUUUUUUAAAUUUGUUGUUAAAGAGUAAAGAAGGUUGUUGCAACUUUAAAACUUAAAGAAUUUUUUUUAGUUUUGAAAUGGGUUAAAAUAAAAAUAGAAGUGAUAUUGUGUGAACAAGACAGAAGUUUUAAAAAACAUAAUAAUUACAUAUCACAUGCUGUUUGCCAAAUUCCGGUAGAAUUUAGAUAAAUAAAUUAUACAAAUCUUCACUCUAUCUUUACUAUAUUAAUAUUUUUGUAUGAACAACGUGUUGUAAUACUUUGUAUAUGAAAAAAUAGCUUUUAUUUUCUGCUAAA